AGGCCCAACCCUCCUCUCCCUCUUUCUUGUUUCAUUGCUGGCGGAAGACUCCUUCUUCUUCUCAAUUACUCACGGAAGGGUUGAUAUAGUAGAACAUGUGAUACUACUGUUCUUGGCGGGGAAGUGGCAAAAUUGCAAUAGAUUUGAAGAUGUCUUCGUCUAAGGGAGUCUCCGAUUCUGACUCCGACUCCGACGAUGGAUUCAACGAAGACAUGGAGGCGCUACGAAGGGCUUGCCAGCUGACCGGCGAAACGCCUGCCUCCGCAGCCGCCGCCGGUGGCAUUGCCAGCGAGGCUUCCUCUUCCGAGGGGGAAUCCGACGGAGAUGAAGACAAUGACCUUCAAUUAGUUCGAAGCAUUCAGAAUCGCUUCGCCGUUCCCAUGGAUGUGGGGGAAGAGCCUCUGAAGAUGAAGCCCUUGUGUACCGUGCUGCCCGAUUUGUCCGACAGCGACGAUAUUGAGGAAGAUUACGAGACCCUCCGAGCUAUUCAGCGGCGUUUUGCUGCCUAUAAUGAUGGCAGCUUGAAGGAGAACUUUGAGGGAUUUUCACAUAGACCUGAGCAGGUGGGUGCUACUAUUAUAGACUCGGAAAAGGAAACUUCCAAUAGCUUUGUUGAGAGAACUAAUGCUCGAGAAGGAUUUCUUAAUUGUGUAGAUACGAGCGAGCCUACUGGAAAGAAAGUAGAAGUAUGUGAUAAUGCUGGUGGGAGUUCUGAUACAGUUGAAUGGAAUGAACUGGGUGUUGAUGAUGUGGCUGAAUUGCCACUCAGAACUUCUCACUUUCCUAACUCAGCCCUGGCAUUUGUUGAUGCUAUCAAGAAGAAUAGAUCGUGUCAAAAACUUAUAAGGAGUAAGAUGAUGCAAAUGGAAGCCAGGAUGGAAGAACUUGGUAAGCUAAUAGAGCGUGUCAGAAUCCUUAAAGACUUUCAGGUUGAUUGCAAGAAGAGGAGAGGACGAGCUUUGUCACAGAAAAAAGAUCAUCGUGUUCAGUUAAUUUCAGUGCCAAAGCUUAAGGCAAACAUGAAGCCCAAUGAAAAGAACAUUCCUGCUUCGUACAAGGGACCUCGAGAGAAUGUACAUGUUCCCAACUAUAAGGAGGCAUUGGCAACAUUUUCUAUCCCUUUUAAUAAGGAGAAGUGGUCUAAGGAAGAGAGGGAGAAUCUCUUGAAGGGUGUGAAACAGCAAUUUCAGGAAAUGUUGCUUCAGCAAUCUGUUGAUGAUCUAUACAGUGAGGCAGAUGGAUAUUAUGAUUCAAGUAAUGUUGACAACAUGAUGAAAUCAAUAAAAGAUUGUGACAUAACACCUGAGAGAAUGAGACAAUUCUCGCCUAAGGUUAACUGGGAUCAGCUAGCUGCUAUGUAUGUUCCUAGACGGACUGGUGCAGAAUGCCAAGCGAGGUUUUUUAACUCUGAAGACCCCUUAAUUAAUCAUGGCCCAUGGACUGCAAUGGAGGACAAGAAUCUUUUGCACAUUAUACAAGAGAAGGGAUUAAUUAACUGGAUAGAUAUUGCUGCAUCACUUGGAACAAAUAGAACCCCUUUUCAGUGCUUAGCACGCUAUCAAAGAAGUCUUAAUGCUUCAAUACUCAAAAGAGAGUGGACCAAUGAGGACGAUAAUAAACUUCGAGCUGCCAUAGAGACUUAUGGUGAGAGUAAUUGGCAAGCUGUUGCUAAUGCAAUGGAAGGAAGAAGAGGUACCCAAUGCUCUAACAGAUGGUUAAAGACCCUUCAUCCAACUAGGGAAAGAUCUGGAAAAUGGACUCUGGAGGAAGACAAACGCUUGAAAGUUGCUGUAACUCUUUUUGGGCCCAAAACGUGGAGAAAAGUAGCUAACUGUGUGCCUGGUCGUACACAUGUGCAAUGCAGGGAAAGAUGGGUCAAUUGCUUGGAUCCUUCCCUCAAUAAGGCUGAAUGGACCGAAGAAGAAGAUUUAAAAUUGGAAGAGGCCAUUGCAAAGCAUGGUUACUGUUGGUCCAAGGUUGCUGCCUGUAUUCCCCAUCGCACUGAUAAUCUAUGUUUGAGGAGAUGGAAGGUGUUAUUUCCAGCUGACGUGCCACAGCUGCAAACUGCCAGAAAGAUAACAAAGGCUGCUUUGAUAUCAAAUUUUGUCGAUAGGGAGUCUGAACGACCUGCCCUUGGGCCUAAAGACUUUCAAUUGCCAGAGACAUUGCGUAUUGCUGGAAAUGAAAAUGUUGAUCCCUCUAUGAGAAAAAGGAAGAGAUCAAGGCGGAGGGGGGUGCGUCAAUGUAAUGAAGAAGACACACUUUCUGGUGAGAUAUAUUCAGAAGAAGUUCUGAGGUUGACUGAUGGGAGCGAGCUUGAAAUUCAAGGAAGAUCCAUGCGUAGAGCAGGAAGGCAUAAAAGCUCACGUUUGCGGAAGAGCAAUGCUCGUCCUUCAUCAGAUAUUCAUUUGUCAGGUGGUCCGGAGACAGGGUUACUUGAUAUUCCCGAGGGGGAGGAAAUUACGGAAAUUCAUGUCAGUGAUGGUAAUAAUAUGAGAAAAUCUCAGCCACUGAAGAAACGGUCAGGGUAUUCACUUGUCCAUUGUCAUAAUUACAUGAUUUACAUAUCUAAAAUAUUUGCUGAUUGUUUUCUCUAUUGCAGAAAGAAUCCCACUACAUCUGUUGCAGUGAUAGGGGAUGAAGCAUGCAUGAAACAAUACGAACAUUUUGAUCCGAUAGAAGAACCAACUCCAGAUGUACCUCUUGAUGCUGAACUUGGAGGCGACAAUGCCAUCAUCACACAAAUUGCGAAGGCUUCUAAGCUGCAGCCAAGGAGGCGGAAUAGUCAAUUACUCAAGGAAGUACAGCAGACGAAGCCCGAAGCGCCCAGGCAAGCUGUGACGAAAAGACAAAUGAAAAAGGAUAAGAAACUAACCGAUGCAACAAAUGAUCAUCCGUCGUCUUUAUCUGAGGAUACAAAAGCAACAGAAGCUGGUUGUAUGAAAGAGAAGAUCGGUCACUCACCAAGGAAGAGGAAGAAAAGCUCUCAGAUACUCAUCCUUUAUCAGCGUAAAAGGCAAAAAACUGGAGACGGGGCUUGUUCGAAGCAAAUGCUAGUCAAAGAGGGAUUCAGAAGUGAUGAUCACGCGUGCCAGAAUCAAGCCUCGGAAGUUGAGGUUGGAGAUGGUAUGACUCUUGCUCAAUUUUUACAGCAAACUAAAGAAAAGAGGAAAUUGAAGACCCCUCUGUAGAAGUGAUACCAAUGUGUGGAAAUUCUUUUGUAGAAAUAUAGAAGAAGCAGGUAUAUGUUCAUACCAGUGAUUUUGUGUUUUUCAACUCUUAUUUUGGACCUAGCAAUUGUCUCCAUUACUUUAUGAAAUGGGAUUUUUGUACU